AUGACGGUCAACGCCUCAACCCAGCCCAACCCAUCCUGGCUGCUCGGCAAGUCUUCUUCCACUACCUCCCCACCCUUGCUGUCACCCGACUUCUGGCUCUCGCGAGACUUCAUCCCCCUCUACCUGCUCUUCCUGCUCUUCCUUUCCUUCCGCCUCCCCUCGCUCCUCGAACGCCUCUUCACCCCGACCCUCACCUCUUCAACCUCAUCCUUUGUCAUUCCAGCCGAAACACGCCAUGCACGCUUCCUCCCCAUCGAAUCCCAACACAAGUUCCGCUACAACAUCCUCUACCUCGCCCUUCGACUCGACCACCUCGAAACACGCAAACUCGACACAGGCCACGCAUUCGCCUGGAAAGGACCCAUCCUUCUGCCCGAGUUCGUCGACGAACAUGCUCUCGCACAGAGCAAAAAAGGUGUAACACCCACCCCUGCUCCCACAUCCGCAGUUGGGAAUGGAGGUGAGAGGCAAGACUGGAAAGCAAAAAUGAGAGCUGCUGAAAGGAUCGAGCGUCGUAAACUCGAGCAGAAACGGAGCCGGAACGACAGAUACACCUGGUCGCUUACUGGGCUGCAUCCCAAACGAUAUCUGCGCACGCACCUUCCAAGGUCAGAAGAUCUCACCGAGCAAAGAGCGGGCUGGAUCGAAGGCUCGAUACUGCUCAAGCUCGCUUAUGAGUUGAGGGAGAGACAGUUCCUCAAGUCAGGGCCGCAAGAUGGAGCGAGUGGAGAGUGGAGCAAGGAGUUAGGGCAGGUUUGGACUGUGACCAUGCCCUCGAUUGCUGGUACUACAGGCAUCAACCCCCUCACAGUGCACUACUGUUAUCGGCCAGGAGAGAAGGGUGAGGAUCGGGGAAAGUUCUGGCUGAUUGUGUUGGAAGUGCAUAACACCUUCAGCGAGCGACACAUAUACGUACUCGAAGCCGGGAAGAACGAGGACGCUUCAGAGGAAGAAAAGAGAAGAGGUGGGUACGAACAUCAAUGGACCUUUCCAAGGUCGUUCCAUGUCUCGCCUUUCAAUGAUAGAGGUGGAUACUAUCGGCUUUUCCUGAGAGAACCUUUUGCUUCCGGACCAGACCCUACGCCGUUCACGCUGGGAAUCAGGUUGCUGCUUCUUAUCGAAGCCGAGGCCUCCGAUGGUGUCAAGUUUGACGGCGAAAGCGUGGAAAGAUCACAGAAGUUGGUGAAGAAGAUGAUGGCCACUUUGGACUCCAUCCCUCCACCUCCUUCAAAGACCUCAUCGCGCACAGCAAGAUACGUUCGACCACUAUCACCAGCAACACUCUACGCCGCAUUGAUGCGUCAACCUUUCGACCUCUUCCUCACCUUUGUCCGGAUCCUGUACGAAGCUGCAAGGCUGCACUUUGUGAGGAGAUUGGAUGUUUUUGGUCGACCGGAUAUGGUCCAAGUGCCUGAAGCAUCGCCUUUAUCUGCUUUUGACGGUGUUGGACUUCCACCACCGCUCAAUCAGAUCCAACCACAUCGCUCGGAAGCAGACAAGAAUGAUGAGCGAAGCCUGGGCUUGAUGUAUCCCGAGCCAGGGUGGGCAGAGAUCACAGCUAAGAAGUACAUGGAGGAGAUGAUCAGAAAGCGAGUUCAGGCGCUGAAGGCUGACAAGGGAGAGGAGUGGAGCGUUAGGGUAGAGAGUACCGAUCCGGCUGAUCCAGGACUUCACAUUGCUUCGGACAAGAUGAGAGAUGAAAAAGUCAGACAGUUGGUGUUGUACACCCGAUCAUACGGUGUCUACGUAGACCUGAUGACCCAUCAGCCACCCAGUCUAGCCCUGCUCCUGGGUAGCGUCGUUGGACGUCGCUGGGGAGUAAAUUCCAUGGACGCUUUCGACUCGUUCUUUCCCUCUGUCUCACUAGCAGACACAGGAAGAAGGAAGAAACACUUCGACUUCCUUCUCAACUCCCAUCUCGGUUCUUCCAGCUCGGAUCGGGAGGAAGCCUUGCAGUCGCUGCAGAAGUUCGGCAUCCCCACCAAGCCUACUACAACAAAGGAAGGCGAACAAAAGGAAAGUCGAAAAGUAACAACAGUUCUAUGGAUGCGCUACCUAGCAGCUGUAGCCGAAAAGAAAGCUUUCGCUCUGUUGGGUGCUCGAUACGUUAAAGGCACCGAGCCCUGGCUAGAGCUUCAACGCGGACUGAAGUAUAUCGAGAAGAAAGCUGCGGGCGGGGUCGAAUGGGAUACCAAGCUGGGCAGUGUUUAUCAUCCCUAA